AUGUACCAGAAAAAAGAGUUCUCAGAUCUUAUCAAAGAUGUGCUAAUCAUUGAUAAUACGACCUCAGCAGUGCUACAAGGAUACACAGGUGACCCUAAUGAAGUACGACCUGGUUAUAAGCUAAGAGCCUCACCUGUACACAUUACAUUCUCCACUGGGUAUGUACCUCCUGGCUUCUUCACUCGUUUAGCAACUGCUGUUGCUACUGAUGCCAGUGUCAAGCUCAACUUUGAAAAUGAUUAUGCUUAUGCAGUACCUGCUACCGGUUUCUUUGAUCGAAUACUGCAUCGAACCUCCAAAGUUGAAAUAAAAAGUAUCUAUCGUAAUCGUGUCUGCUUCUCUUAUGGUCGUCCUUCUGAUGAUUUUGUUCUCACUGAUAUUAAUGAAGCUAUUCAAGUUGAUGUGUUGCGAUAUGCCCCUGAGAGUAGUCAUCCUGUUUCUCUCAAAUUAGUUUGUCAAAAAAUAUUGAAGAUGCUAGAUGAAUGCUGUCAACAAGUAGAAGACACCCUCAGUCAUUACCAUGGGCACCAUCCCAAUCGAUCAUCAAGGCAAGUGCAAUAUGUGUGUCAAUGCAGUCCUUCUAGUGAUGUCCAUUACAUUAAUGACAUUGAUGCUAUGCAGCAGACAAGCUCUGAUUAUGUUUACUGCAAAUUGGAUAGACGCUCUCGUCACCUAAACAAUGAAGAAUCAAUGUGGUUUAAAGACAAUAUGUCACAAGAAAAACAACUCCAAGAGAUUCCACCUUUGAAAGAGAUUAUCAUUAAAGAUGAUCGUAAGCCGACAAUUCAAAAAACUGACUCAACUACAAAUUACUCUGCCACUCCGAUUAGUGAGUCCAAUGAUGAUCAACAUAAAGUUAUAUUGAAUAUCAAGAAUCUAGUAGAUAUCAUACAAGUGUUAAAAACAAGUUCCUUUCAAACUAUCAAAUGGUUUGAUCUUGGUCUCUACUUGGGUCUGAUUCAUUAUGAUCUCAAGGUUAUUGAGACUAACUAUCCACAAGAUGCUGAGCGAUGUCUCAAAGAAUGUUUAGCAAAAUGGCUUACAGAUGAUAUUGAAGCAAAAUGGGAGACACUAGCUAUUGCUGCUGAUACAAUAGGAGAAAAACGAGUUGCUGAAUAUAUAAAUGAAAUUAUAAUUAAUAAUAAAUGAAUUAUUAAUGAUUAAUAGGAUCAAGAAAAGAACUUUAACAAAUGACAGUAGUGUUAACCAUUUGAAUAAUUAAAAUGUUUUGUAAUUAUUAGUGGUUUCUAUUCUUUUUUAGCUGUUAUUUGCAUCACAUUAGUAUACAUAAUUUUUUAUUAAGUAAUUGUUUGCUCUUUUAGUUGUUUUGUUUCUUUCAAGCUAUUAAUGGAUGCUAUUUAGCACAA